AUGGAUACCAAACAAGCGUCGCUCUACCUCGCCCUCGUGUGCUUGCAGACGGUGCUCGUGCACGCCGUGCCCGACUGGAUGCCCCCUGAGAUACUGGACAUGGCGAAGGAGGACAAGAUACGAUGCAUGAGCGAGCACGGCACGACCCAAGAGCAAAUCAACGACGUGGAAAAGGGGACAAUACCAAACGAUCCGUCGAUUACUUGCUACAUGUAUUGCCUGCUGGAAGCGUUCAGCCUGGUCGACGACGAAGGUAACCUGGACGAGGACAUGCUCAUGGGAGUGCUCCCGGACAAUUUUCAGGAGCUGGCGAAUUCCAUUUUGAAAACGUGUCUCCCGACCCACGGUUCUGACAAUUGCGACAAGAUAUACAACCUCGCCAAGUGCAUACAAAGCUCUGCACCAGACAUAUGGUUCAUGAUCUAA